AAAGUUAUGUAGUCCGCGAAGCUUUUAUUGUAUUACACUACCCAAAAAAAAAAAAAAACGGAGAAGAACGUAAGUGCCUCUGCAAAUUUGUCCUUUGUGUGUGCGUGUGGAUCGAGAAAACCCUAGAUUGUUGUCGAGUAUCGGCUUCCUUGGAAGGAGAGAAAUUGACGAUGUCUUCGUCUGAAUCCGGGACCGUGUCCGAUUCCAACGUGCCGCUCCUCCGCCCGCGCCGCGGCGGCGGAGGGGCUGCAUCUCGCCGGCCGGAGAUUUUGGGAGUGCUGUUAGGGCGAGCGACGGGUAGGCGAGGGGCUUCGAUGCUGGUGAGGGAAACGGCGGCGCGUGAGCUAGAGGAGCGGCGGGCCGAUUGGGGGUACUCGAAGCCGGUGGUGGCUCUGGACAUGCUCUGGAACACGGCUUUUGUUAUUAUCGCGGUGGUGAUGAUGUUCUGUUCGAAGGAGGAGAGGCCGAACACGCCGAUCAGGCUUUGGAUCUGCGGAUACGCGCUUCAGUGUUUGGUUCAUGUGGUUCUGGUGUUCAUGGAGUUUAGGAAGAGGAGUGUGGGCCGGAGAGCUGGGGAUUUGGAGGCUGGUGAAGCUCCUGUCAAUGAGCAUGUCAACGACAGUGAGGAUGAGGUUGAGGAUGGUGGUGAGAGGAACAUUAGCAUGACCAAGAGAUGUGAAUCACUGAAUACCAUGGUAUCAUUCGUCUGGUGGAUUGUUGGCUUCUACUGGGUUGUAUCUGGUGGCGAUAUUCUUCUGCAAAGUGCUCCUCGUUUAUACUGGUUGGCCGUCGUUUUCCUGGCAUUUGACGUGUUCUUCGCCAUCUUUUGUGUUGCACUGGCAUGUCUCAUUGGAAUUGCCCUAUGUUGCUGCCUCCCAUGUAUUAUCGCACUCCUUUAUGCCGUUGUUGGGCAGGAAGGUGCAUCGGAAGCAGAUCUCAGCAUCCUACCCAAGUACAGGUUUUUGAUGCAGAACGAUGACGAAAAGCCCAGUGCCAGCGGCGGGAAAAUGGUGCCUCUUGACACGGGCAGUGGAUAUUUAUCAAACGAACGCGUGCUUUUGCCUGAGGAUGCAGAAUGCUGUAUAUGUCUGAGCUCGUAUGAAGACGGGGUUGAGCUCAUCACCCUCCCUUGCAACCACCACUUCCACUCAACGUGUAUCGUGAAGUGGCUCAAAAUGAACGCCACAUGCCCGCUUUGCAAGUACAACAUCCUCAAAGGUAAUAAUGACCAGGAAUGAUAUAUAUAUAUAUAUGUAGAGAGAGAGAGAAGAGGGACAUUAUCAGAAGUUGAUCCUCUGAAUCUAUAAGUUGCCUCUUGUCGUGUGUACAUAAGGAUAAUAGAGGAAUGGAGAUAGCGUAGAAACAAGAGUUCCGGUUUGGGAAUUUUUUUUCUUUGUCAAAAUGGCCGACACGAGAGUGGCGAUACAAGCUGCGAGAAGUAUUUAUAAGGUCAAAUUGCAAGUUUAGGACUGUAUCUUAGGUGGGUCUUAUUUGCAGGUACUCGAAGGAAAGUAAAAUUACCUUUUUAUCCCUAA